AGUCAUUAGUCUAACUUUCACUAAUAGAUAAGGAAACAUAUAAAUAGUACAGGAGUACUCAUGUAUUGAGAGAGGACCAGAGAGAGUGUUAGCUUUGGAGAGUGAAUACAAGAGUCAACCUUAGACUCCUUUUUUUUUUCUUGGGGAUUUGAGUGUUCGAGCAUAGCAUCGGCAGCUAGCAGCACAAACUCCUUGUAUGGGACGCCAUCGAGACCUUCUACAACACCCCUUACACUAAGCACUUUCCUUGUGGCUUCUACAGACACAACAAUGGCAGUGUGGACGCUUGCAGUUCUUUUCGCCGUUUUACAAGUGACGUCAGGGGACAUUGGCAGCCCCGCGAUGGUCUGCACACCAACUACACCCCGUGUUGCCUUUACCCUGACCCGUUCCACCAAUCUGGGUGGGGUGUCCAGUACAGCUGACCUGACCGUGACCUUUGACCAUGUGCUGACUGAUGUUGGCGGCAGCUUUACUGACGUCACCAACCCGUCCGUCUUCAACUGUCAACAUCCGGGUGUCUAUCAGUUCAGCUUCUCGGCACUGUCACUGACAGAUCGUUCUGCCUUUGUCAAGCUGAUGAAAAACAGACAACUUCAGCUUGCCAUGUGGGCUGGGCAGAGUUCUUUCCAUGGCAGCGGGUCAAACACAGCAGUACUGGAGCUGGAGCAAGGGGACCGAGUCUGGCUGGCUAUCGGGAGACCUGACCUAUAUGCCAUACACAGUAACAGUAACCGCUAUGUCAGUUUCACAGGGGUUCUAUUGUACUCUACUUAAGUGGUGUGUCACAGACUCCUACAACUAGCCUGAGGGCAAUGUUCUGUUGUA